CCAGUUGUGUUCAGAAUUUUGAAAACAUCAUGGACGACGAGGAAUUGCAAAUCCUUCGAGCUAAACGUUUAGCAGAGCUGCAAGGACAGCACAAUCCAGGUGCUCCUGGAAACCAAGCAGCAGCAGAAGAGCAAAAAGCGAAGGAAGAGGAGUUUAGAAAUACUAUUUUGACUCAAGUACUAUCAAAAGAAGCUCGAAGUCGAUUGAGCACAAUUUCUAUUGCAAAGCCAGAAAAUGGUAAAAUGUUAGAAAAUAUGAUAAUCAACAUGGCUCGAACAGGUCAAAUACGAUCACAGCUUGAUGAUAAAGAAUUUGUUCAUCUUUUGGAAGAAGUGAAUCGUCAAAUCAAACAUAAUACUCCCACUGUUAAGUUUGACAGAAGAAGAGCUGCUGUAGAUUCAGAUGAUGAUUAUUGAUGCUGAUGUUUGACUUAUGUAAAAAUCACACUGCAAUUCUCUGAAAUCAUGGCAUUUUUUUUCCUAAUUCUGAAUUUAACUGAUUUUUUGCUUUUCCAUGAAUUGCAUAUAAAUUGCUUGCCAUCUUAAUCACCAAACUUGUUGGUAAAAAGCUUUAUGUACUAAUACUGUAUGUACUUUUAAAAAAGAUAAAUAUGUAAAAAUUAUCUUAACUUUCCAAAUAUCAUGCCUAUAGAAAUAAUGUCAAAACAACAUUAGAAUCGUAGAGCCCACUGUUUCUGAAAAUUCAUAUUCACUUUUGUAUUAUUUUCUACAUAAUUACAUGUACAGUUUUAUGUAUGAAAUAAAGUUUUGAAUUUAAUGUGUAA